UGGGGAUCCCACCGAAGAUUUCUUACUUUUCUUUUCUUUUUUUUUUCCUGGAGGGUGUGCGUGGUGAGCGUGUGUCAGGUGGCGUCCAAAAUCAGGAAGCCAUGUCCAGAUCGGGUGACAGAACGUCCACCUUUGACCCGGCGCACAGUGACACGUUGCUGCACGGGCUCAACCUGCUGUGGAGGAAGCAGCUCUUCUGCGAUGUGACUCUAACCGCCCAAGGGCAGCACUUCCACUGCCACAAAGCGGUGCUGGCGUCCUGCUCCCAGUAUUUCAGGUCGCUCUUCUCCUCCCACAGUGCCAUCAGCAACAACGAGGGCGGCAAGGGGGACCAAGGCAGCAGCGGCACCCCUUCGUCCUCGCCCGAUGACAAGCUGGUGACCCCCAGUGCCAGGCCGAUCAAUAACCUGGUUCUGCAGGGCUGCUCCUCUAUUGGACUGAGACUUGUGCUGGAGUACCUGUACACAGCCAACGUGACUCUUUCCCUGGACACAGUAGAAGAGGUGCUGUCGGUCAGCAAGAUACUCAACAUCCCCCAGAUAACCAAGCUCAGCGUGCAGUUUCUCAACGACCAGAUCUCGGUGCAGAACUACAAGCAGAUUUGCAAGAUCGCUGCCCUCCACGGACUGGACGAGACCAAGAAGCUGGCCAACAAGUACCUGGUGGAGGACGUGCUGCUGCUUAACUUCGAGGAGAUGUGCGCCAUGCUGGACGCCCUGCCGCCGCCGGUGGAGUCCGAGCUGGCGCUCUUCCAGAUGUCGGUGCUGUGGCUGGAGCAUGACCGCGAGACCCGCAUGCACUACGCGCCGGACCUCAUGAAGAGGCUGCGCUUUGCUCUCAUCCCGGCCCCGGAGCUGGUGGAGAGGGUGCAGUCGGUAGACUUCAUGAGGAGUGACCCCGUGUGCCAGAAGCUGCUGCUGGAUGCUAUGAACUACCACCUGAUGCCCUUUAGGCAGCACUGCAAGCAGACCACAGCCAGCAGAAUCCGUUCCAAUAAGAGAAUGCUGUUACUGGUGGGUGGUUUGCCCCCCGGACCCGAUCGCCUCCCCAGCAAUUUGGUCCAAUACUAUGACGAUGAAAAAAAAACAUGGAAGAUCCUCACAAUAAUGCCUUACAACAGUGCCCAUCACUGCGUUGUGGAGGUGGAGAACUUCCUGCUGCUGCUUGGCGGGGAGGACCAGUGGAACCCCAACGGAAAGCACAGCACCAAUUUUGUAAGUCGCUAUGACCCCCGAUUCAACAGUUGGAUACAACUUCCUCCUAUGCAGGAGAGGAGAGCCAGCUUCUUCGCCUGCCGCCUGGACAAGCACCUGUACGUGAUUGGCGGCCGCAACGAGACGGGCUACCUCUCCAGCGUGGAGUCAUACAACCUAGACACCAAUGAGUGGAAGUACAUGUCGUCUCUGCCGCAGCCUCUGGCCGCCCAUGCCGGCGCGGUGCACAAUGGCAAGAUCUACAUAUCAGGCGGGGUCCACAACGGCGAGUACGUGUCGUGGCUGUACUGCUAUGACCCGCUAAUGGACGUGUGGGCUCGCAAACAGGACAUGAACACGAAGCGCGCCAUUCACACGUUGGCCGGAAUGAACGAUCGCCUCUACGCCAUCGGGGGGAAUCACUUGAAAGGUUUUUCUCAUUUAGACGUCAUGUUAGUGGAGUGUUACGACCCCAAAGGCGACCAAUGGAACAUCCUGCAGACACCCAUCCUGGAGGGACGCAGCGGGCCGGGCUGUGCAGUCCUGGACGACAGCAUCUUCCUCGUGGGAGGCUACAGCUGGAGCAUGGGGGCGUAUAAGUCUUCAACCAUCUGCUAUAGCCCGGAGAAGGCCACAUGGACAGAGUUGGAAGGCGAGGUGGCGGAACCUUUGGCGGGCCCGGCUUGUUCCACCGUCAUCCUGCCUGCAUGCCUCCCCUUCAAUAAAUGACAACUAAUGCAGCCCAGGGACGGCAACCAGAGUGAUGAUUGGGGGGAGCAGUGCCCGUAAGCAGGCAGCCAUUUUACCACCAACCUCCCCCUUCUGCUCAGUCGAGUAAGGGGUGUAUAAAUCAUUUUUUUUACAAGUUUGACCAGAGCACUUUGGUUAUUCCCUUGUGAAGGUAUCAAGAGAGGAAAGAAAAGCGGUGUGUAAGUCAUGUAUUUCAAUUGCUUUGAUUUAUUGACACUAUCGGUGGCUGUUUUCUUCUAUUCUAUAGCACCACUUAGCUCAAUGCUAGCUUUCGGGUGCGUCGUAUAUCUUGUACACGUCAAUCCGACAACAAACAGAGGGGGAGAGAGAGAGAGAGAGAGCGAGAGAGAGAGAGAGAGAGAGAGAGAGAGGGCGUUCCCACUGGAUGUUGAAGCUCAACCAGGACUGGUGAGUUCUUUUCAUGUAUAAAUAGUUGUCAUGGCUCACUGUGUUGACACUUGGUCACUUGCUUCGAAGAUACUUUACCUUUCUUUUCUCUCACGUUCCUGCAUCCAAAGUGGGACCACACUUUUGUUUUUUUUUGGGGGGGGGGGUUGUCCACUGUAAAAAAAAAAAAAAAAACAUCGUGAUAACUGUAAAACGUGCAGCCCAAGUUGACUUAAUUCCAAAUGGUUCCAAAGAUUUUUUUUCACCUAUUGGUUGAUUUCAUGGAAAAUCUCAACCAUGCCGCACGAGUUAGUGAUCAGUGUAUUGAAGAACAUAUUGAUGGUACAAUCAAAUUAGAAUUGCUCACCAAUGUUCAAAAAGCAUGUUUGCCUCAAUUGAGUGGCGACUACAAAUGAACACGCCACCCACAGAAAUGUUAUGGUAUGCUACGAUCUUCCAAAUAUGAGUAUGAAGAAGCAUUUGGGUGACACAGAAAAGAAAAACCUGUAUUACUACGAGAUAAAAAUCAUCAUUGUAACCAAGUAGGACAUGACUCCAAUAUGUGCUCAUCUUCCAGUAAUGAUGAAUCAAUUGCGUUACUUUUUUCCAGUCAAGUAAUCAGACUACAAUCACUCUUCAUAUAUGACAAAAUGUUACUGCGCAAGAUGUAUUUGCUUCAACUUGAUGACGAUAUCCGUAAUUGAAAGAUUAAUUCUUUUCCCCGUCAAAGACAGUUAGAAAAAACCAACUCCAGAUUGCAGCAGUAAGAAAGAAUCAACUUCUCAUCCAGGGUGACGUUUUCUUUAAGAAAUAUUUUUUUUCCACUGUGAGUAUGUUUUCCCCCCCCAAUUUGGCCUCAAUAUUUCUUCAUAUAUGAGCAUACAGCGGACCUUAAUGCACUAAUAGUGAGCCUGUGAGCUCGCUGUAAUGUAAAUGAUUUAUUGUCUUGUGUUAAAAUAAAACAAAAACAGACAAAAAAAAACUCUUUCAGUACAAAUGAGUCCAGUCUUGUCUAUGUUACUGAGUUUAAAAAA